GUCGCUGAAAAGAAGAGGUGAAAGUUCUGACUGAUGACGGACUGACAACAGGACGGGUUCCAUUUUUAACAUCAUCAAAAAUACUUUAAAAAAAAGUGUGUGGCUGCUGCUGGUUGGCAAAAAGGAAAUCAAUUCCAUGUUAUUGUGCCACUGAAGUCCUGCCCCGGGAAUUCGUCUUGCGUGAUCGCAAGUGCAGUGCGCAAUUUUUCGGUCGUGUACGGUCGUAACUGUGAGCGUAGCGUUUUUUUUUGUAGGGAAGAAAUUCCCCUGAAAGAAAAGGUGAACUACAGCAAACAGCAAAAAUUGCUCACAGAUCCCAACAGCGACGACGAAGAUUUCCGCGGAGGACAUCGUCAGCAGCAUCUAGCCAACAGAAUCAACCAUUUAUGGAGUUGCUGCCGAGAAAUCUGCAUGACUGCUACUUCUUCUACUAUUCAACAUGUAAGAAGGGGUCAGCAUGCGAGUACCGUCACGAGGCAGCUGCCCUCGGCCACGAAGAAACCUGUAAGAAGUGGGCCGAGGGUAUCUGUUUCAAUCGGACCUGCACUAUGCGCCACAUGAAGAUAGAAAAGCCCCGCUCGGCGACGCCCUGUUUCUGGGAGGAUCAACCCGGUGGAUGCCGUAAGCCGCACUGUGUGUUCCAACACAAGGUACCGAAACCAGUGGUCCCGCCACAUCCGGGCGCGGCCAAUUCACUGGCUAUGGCAGCGGCGGCUGCUGCAGCUAGUGCCGCGGGGCAGGUUCCCCAGGGUGCUUCCGGAUCAGCGCCAACGGCCACGGCAGCCACGACGGCCGCAGCAACUCAUCUGCUGCAUACGCCUUCCCCGGCUGUUGUUUUGGACUACAACUAUGCAGCUCUGCUUCCCCGUAUCAUCUAAAAUCAGGCGGCCCCCUUUCGACGGCCAACACACCGAAGGUUUAACCGUUCCUUCCCAAACUAAAGAUCGGAUGUUCCAAGAUGUCCCCGCCCACACUUGUUUCUACUGGAUUCCCGACAACCAACAGCAAUCAACCAACCCAACCUUCGAGGGCCGUCAAAGCUUUUCUCCUCAUUACUUCCGCACGAAACCAUCCUCCGUUUUCCAUUCAACAUUGGAAUUAUCUUCGGUUCUCAGUGUAGACUUCGUUUUCUGCCAACUCCUAGCAACGGAAAAACUUGGACGGGAAUCCCCGACGACGACAUCCGUUGUUGGGCUAUUUAUUUAUGAAGGCUGAAGCAUCGCAUGGGACUAACUGAAUGAAACACACCCUUUUGCAGCCCAAUCACCAGAAGAGAUACCAACGUUUUCUCGAACAUUAUCCCGUCGGUCGAACAUUUUUAGGUACCGGUAGCUGCUUUUUGAGGGGAAAACUAUACAAAUUCAGAUUAACAAAUUGUUGUUCCGUUCUUCACACCCUCGGAAUGCCAGUAGUAAUCUUAUUCAUCAGUGCAAUACAUGAUUUGAGAACGUUUGCCGGAUCUCGAUGAAUCGUUUACACCGGGUCGGUUUACUACUGGUGAGUAGCUCUGGUUUACAAGUGUUUUUUUAUAUUUUCUUAUUAUUAGAAGCGAUUAUAAAUCCAUUAAGAAAUCUUAUUUUUUCUUAUAAAUUUUGUUACGAAAAUCGUUCAGAAACGGAUUAUGCUAUUCUUAUUUAUAUAAAACAGAGUGUUUGCAAUACGCUAUAAUAAAUAUGGAAAAGGUUUUUGUUUAAUGCACCUUUAUAUAAUAUGUAUUUUUUUCGUAUAAACUUACUAGCCUUAGUGUAGUAAAAUACUGAAGAAAACUAGUAAAAAUAACCGUAAAAACCAAGCCCCAUAUAUACCUACAUAUAUAUGAAAAGCGAAACGCAAGCUAACGUCACGUUUCUCAUCUAGAAAUUUUUAUCCGUUGAAUGCACUGUUUCUACAAGCAUUUUUGCCUCCAAAAAAGAAAGUUUCGAAUAAUGCCAAUUAUAUGGAACGCAUUUGUAGCAUUUUUGGAAACAAUCCUUAAAGUUUAGCACACAAACUAAUUCUUGCUCUGUUGAGAUAUGAUAAAUAACAGUACGUUGCGUUGCUAAUAUUUUCGGCUAGAAAUCUUUUCUGCUUUUCGAAAUAGUUAACAAAACUAAACUACCGCUGCAGCAAGUUCGUGUUACAACUCUAGUGAAACAGAAUUAAAUGAAACAGAAAAUUAAAAUAAAAAAAAAUAACGAUGUGGGUAGAAUAUUUAUCAUAUACCGUAACAGUUGUAUUGUUUCGGCAACAAACAAAAUCGCCGAAUCGUUUGUUUACUAUCCCCCAUACUCCAUAACAUUUAGAAGGCAAAAAAUAAAUUCAAGUGUAGCUUUGAGUGAAUUCUCUAAACAUUUAAAAAUAAAAUAAUGAAAUCGAGUGUGUAGUUAAUUCACAGGCUAAAUCGUGUCGAAAAUAAAGAAAAAAGUCUUUGAAACGGCAUGCUGACAGUUUGAAACGAUAUGAUUCUUGUGCGUGCGUUCUUUUUUUCUAAUAUUUCAUAUGAAAUUCAAUAAUCGCAAAUAAAAAUAUACACAACAAAACACACGCGCAUAUAAUUGUGAAUGAUCAUAAAUAAAAAAUGAAAAAAAAAAUGUAUAUUUAUAAACAAUUGGGUUACACUCACAAAAAAACAAAGAAAAUAAAAAACAACAGCAUACUAAAUACAAGAAAUCAGACAAGCGGCCACUUAAAAAUCGCAAAACUCAUUAGCUAAAAUUAAUUGAAAGGACAAUGGUUGAAACAUACUUUCCCAUUGACGAGCAAAAAAAAAAAUACAACAAGUCUGGAAAGAAAAAAAAAAUAGUUUAAUUUGCUAAAACAACAUUAUUGAACUAUAGUAACAAAAGCAAAACAAGAAAAAUACCACAAUACCUAUAAUAAAUAUAGCAACACAGAAUAAAACUAAACACAAAAAAAAACAAGCAAAAAAGUAACAUGUUUGGAACUGUAAGUCAAAAAUUGUAAUCAAUAAAAAACCGGAAAACAACAC